UAUCCCAAGGGAUUGCGAAAGCCCCAGGGCUACAUAAAGCACUGCCUGGCUGGGUGGCCCAGCUGCUGCCACCAACACUUGGGCUCUUGAGAGGCUGCGGGGACUGGCACUGUCUGGACAAGAUGGCCCACGCGAGGAGAGCCCCGGCCUGGCUGCUGCUACUGGUGCUGGCCUUGCUGGGUGGCAGCGCAGCAGAACGGGACUGCCGAGUGAGCAGCUUCAAAGUCAAGGAGAACUUCGACAAGAACAGGUAUAGUGGCACCUGGUAUGCCAUGGCAAAGAAAGAUCCUGAGGGGCUGUUUCUGCAGGACAACGUGGUAGCCCAGUUUACAGUAGAUGAGAAUGGAGAGAUGAGUGCCACGGCAAAAGGCAGAGUCAGACUCUUUAAUAACUGGGAUGUCUGUGCAGACAUGAUUGGCUCUUUCAAGGACACAGAGGAUCCUGCCAAAUUCAAGAUGAAGUACUGGGGCGUUGCUUCUUUUCUGCAGAAAGGAAAUGAUGAUCACUGGGUAGUGGACACAGAUUACGAUACUUAUGCUCUUCAUUACUCCUGCCGCCAACUAAACGAAGAUGGCACCUGUGCUGAUAGCUAUUCCUUUGUGUUCUCCCGGGACCCCAAAGGAUUGCCUCCAGAGGCACAGAAAAUUGUAAGACAAAGGCAGGUAGACCUCUGCUUGGACAGAAAAUACAGAGUUAUCGUUCAUAAUGGAUUCUGCUCUUAAGGAGAUCCAAAACUAUGGAAGGAAAUCAUGUAACAGCAUCAUGGAUGUAAUGUUAACACAUUGAUUAAGUGUUCUGUUGAAAAGCUUUUAAAUGGCUUUAUUUAGAUCUUGAAUAUAUUUAUCUGAGCUGUGUAGCUCACCCUGUCAAUAAACCAAUGAAAUGUUUUAAUAAACUUCGAUUACGGGGGAUGCAAAUUGUUUGUAUGCACA